AUGUUUGUGUGGUGGAAGUUAGUGAGAGAACUUCGUGCCAGAGGAGUACAAGCUAUACUAUUAGGUGAAGUAGGACUUCCACCUAAAGCAGUGAAGGAAGCAGAAGGCUCUGGACUGAAGUCCGAGCAGCAGCCUGGUGCAGUUAUAGGAUGGAGACAUAAGGUGAGAGAAAUUCAAGAACGAACUGACAAUGAAUCUUCAACCCAGGAAGGCCACCCAGCACCUCUUUCUAUCAAAUCUUCAGGGACCAUUGUACUAGUCCCCGACCCUUCAAAUCCAUUGUCGGAUGAUGCUCCAGCUCCUGGUCCGGUCUCGGACAUUACUGUGAACGUUACUGAACCUACUGCAGCUGUAACACCUGCUCCUGUUACGGCAUCAACCCAGAAGCCGACGACUUCUUAUCCACCAUCUCCUGCUACAUCUCCACCCACAGUACAUACAUCCACUGAACCUUCUACACCUGCAAUAAGUCCUGCUGUUGCUACUAAACCAUCGGGAGCUUUACUUCCACGACCCACAUCUGCUAGUAUGUACUCAUCUGACUCAGCAGAUGAGGAUGUCUCCGUGGGAACGCCAUCUCCACCAUCACGGAAAUAUUACUUCUCAGCUGCCGAUUUCCUUCACGACACUACACCAACAGCCUCUAAUGACAGCACAACAAUGUCAACACGAAGUCGGACCGCCAAGAAGGACAAGCAGAAGACGAAGACCAAAGAUCAGAAUUUGCUGCAACCAUCAAGAAAGAAGUAA